ACCGCCUUCUGGCCCGCACCGCCCCUGCCUUUCUGCAAGCUCGGGCCUGACCUUGUUGCCUGCACCUACCGGCUGUCUCUUCCCGCGUCUAGCCCUCACCUCCAUGCCUCAGUUCACUGCUCCUUAUAGUGGCCCCAUCCCCCCGAAUUUAGGCCUGGCCAGUCGCUCCACUUCUCCACCCUGCUCAGCAGUUGUUGACCACCCCGUCACCGGUCUCCUUCCAGGCUGGUCCUGCCAUGUGGAGGUCAGGAUGGUGGGGGAACGGCGCACUGGGGACCUCAUGGUGCCCUUGGGGCCUCGGCUGCAGGCAUAUCCCGAAGAACUUAUUCGACAGCGUCCUGGCCACGAUGGACAUCCUGAAUACCUGAUCCGAUGGAGUGUCCUGAAGUGUGGGGAAGUGGGUAGAGUGGAUGUGGAAGAGGGCAAGGCAGAGCACAUCCUCAUGUGGCUGUCAGCCCCCGAGGUCUAUGCCAACUGCCCCACGCUGCUGGGUGAGUGGGCACUAUCUAAAGGACCUCAGCGUGAGCCAGCGGGGGGUGCAGGAAGCUUUCCCCGAGAUCCAGGAGGCCUGGAUGACGUGGCAAUGGGAGAGAUGGAAACUGAUGUCCGGGCGCUGGUGCAGAGGGCUGCCAGGCAGCUGGCAGAAGGUGGGACCUCGAGCCUCACGGCCGCUGUGCUCCACACCAUCCACGUGCUCAGUGCCUACGCCAGCAUCGGGCCCCUCACUGGGGUCUUCCGGGAGACGGGAGCCCUGGACCUGCUCAUGCACAUGCUGUGCAACCCCGAGCCUCAGAUCCGGCGGAGUGCGGGCAAGUUGCUGCAGGCUCUGGCAGCCCACGACGCUGGGAGUCGGGCUCACGUCCUUCUGUCACUGAGCCAGCAAGAUGGCAUCGAGCAGCACAUGGACUUUGACAGCCGCUAUACUUUGCUGGAGCUGUUUGCAGAAACCACAUCCUCUGAGGAGCACUGCAUGGCCUUUGAGGGCAUUCACCUGCCUCAGAUCCCAGGAAAGCUGCUCUUCUCCCUGGUGAAACGCUACCUGUGUGUCACUUCCUUGCUGGACCAGCUGAAUAACAGUCCAGAGCCCGGGGCUGGAGACCGAGGCUCCCUGCCCCCAGGGGAGGAGAAAAGCCGGGGGCAGCGGGAGCUGGAGUUCAGUAUGGCUGUGGGCAACCUCAUCUCAGAGCUGGUGCGGAGCAUGGGCUGGGCCCAGAACCUCGGCGAGAGGGACAUGUCGCCUCCCCGGCCGGCCCGGUCCAUCUUUCAGCCCUGCAUUUCAGGCCCCAGCGGUUUACUCCCCACCACGGUCACCACCCCCAGAAAGCAAGAACGGGCCUUCCGCCAGCGUUACCAGUUCUCUAGCCGUAGUGGCUAUGGUGAAUACGUGCAGCAGACACUAGUGCCAGGGAUGCGCGUGCGGAUGCUGGAUGAUUACGAGGAGGUCAGUGCCGGGGAGGAGGGCGAGUUCCGGCAGAGCAACAAUGGCGUGCCCCCUGUGCAGGUCUUCUGGCAGGUGAUGGGUCGCACCUACUGGGUGCACUGGCACAUGCUAGAGAUCCUGGGCCCUGAGGAAGCUGCUGUGGGUACAGCUUCAGCAGCUGUGGAGAAGAGGGCAGGGCCCAUUCUGUUGGGCACAGCACUUCCCUCCUGGGACCGGAAGCCUGUGGAUAGGCUCUACUCUCUGCCGUAUCUCCAGCCUGAGCCUCAGAAGAAGGAGAAGUUGGGUUGCCUGACCCAGGCUGAGUGGUGGGAACUGCUCUUCUUCAUCAAGAAGUUGGACAUAAGUGAGCAGCAGCCAAUUUUUCAGAAUCUUCGGGAGAACCUGGAUGAGACCCUGGAUGAAAAGACCCUCGGUGAGAUCUCCGUGCCCAAAGAGGUGGCUGAAGGCCUGCUGCAGGUUCUCUGGAACCGGUUUGAGGGGAGCACCCUCAGUGACCUGCUCAACUCCAAAAUCUACACCAAGUACGGGCUGCGACCUGAUAAACUAAGCAGCUCAUCUUAUUCCCGAAGUCGCUCCUGUACCCCGGGUCCAGAAGAGGAGCUCAAGUCAGAGGCCAGGUUCUCAGAGGAAGAGACCGAGUCCCCCAAAGCAAAGGCUGAGCCCCACAAAGCAGAGGCAGAGGCUGCCAAGGGAAAAACUCAGCGCCCCAUGGCACAGAGUGAUUCACAACUGUUUAACCGGCUUCUGCUGACUGAGGGAAUGGCUCUGUCCCCCAAAGUAAAGGAGGCAGCCAGUGAAAUGGCUAGAGCCUUGCGGGGUCCAGGUCCACGCAGCUCCCUGGAUCAGCAAGUGGCGGCUGUUGUGGCUACAGUGCAGAUAACCAGCUUGGACACAAACCUGCAGCUGUCAAGCCUCGAUGCCCUCUCGCAGGCUGUGGAGGAGGUCACUGAGCGGGACCACCCUCUGGUCCGUCCUGACAGAUCCCUGAGAGAGAAGCUAGUGAAGACACUGAUGGAGCUGCUGACCAACCAGGUGGGAGAGAAGAUGGUGGUGGUGCUGACCCUGCGCCUCCUGUACUUGCUCAUGACCAAGCAUGAAUGGCGCCCCCUCUUUGCCAGGGAGGGUGGCAUCUACGCUGUGCUGGUUUGCAUGCAAGAAUACAAGACUUCCGUCUUGGUGCAGCAGGCAGGCCUGGCGGCACUGAAGAUGCUGGCCAUUGCCAGCACCUUGGAGAACCCCGACUUCUUUAUUAGUCAGGAUUCUGGCCCCCCGUUGUUCGAUGUGCAGAUGACCAGAGAGAUCUUCGCCAGCAUCGACUCAGCCACCCCCCCGGGCUCGGACAGCCUGCUCCUCACCAUCCCUGCCGCGCUGACCUUGAUGCUGAACACAGAGGGGUGCUCCUCCGCAGUGAGAAAUGGCCUGAUCCUGCUCAGCCUGCUUCUGUGCAACCACCACACUCUGGGAGACCAGAUUAUCACCCGAGAGCUGAGAGACACCAUGUUUAGGCACUCGGGGCUUGCCCUGGGGACGGACCCCAUGCCCACCACGCGCACCAUCCUCAUGAUCCUCUUCAACCGCUACUCGGAGCCGCUGGGCAGUCCCGAGCGCACAGCAACACUGGAGCCCCCCGGUGCCCAGGGCCAGGAUGGGUCCCCCGAGCUGCUGAUCCGGUCCCUGGUUGGAGGCCCAUCUGCAGAACUCCUCCUGGACUUGGAGCGUGUGCUGUGCCGUGAGGGGGGCCCUGGGGGGGCCCUGAGGCCCCUCCUCAAGCGCCUCCAGGAGGAGGCCCAGCCCUUCCUCCUGUUGCUGCGGACUCUGGAUGCCCCCGGGCCCAACAAAACCCUGCUGCUGAUGGCGCUGAGGGUCAUGACCCAGCUGCUGGAUUACUCUGAGGCAAUGACCCUCCCCUGGCAUGAGGUCUUGGAGCCCUGCCUCAACUGCCUGAGUAGCCCCAGUAGUGACUCUGAGAUUGUCCAUGAGCUGCUCCGCUUCCUGCACCGCCUGGCCUCGGCGCACAAGGACUAUGCGGUGGUGCUGUGCUGCCUGGGAGCCAAGGAGGCCCUCUGCAAAGUGGUGGACAAGCACUCGGCGCUGGUGCUGCUGGCCGGCGAGCUUCGCGACUUGCUGACCGACUGCGAGAGGCAUGCCCAGCUCUACAGCAGCCUCACCUCCAGCAUCCUGGCUGGCUGCAUUCAGAUGGUGCUGGGCCAGAUCGAAGACCACAGACGAACCCACCAGCCCAUCAACAUCCCCUUCUUUGACGUGUUCCUCAGGCAUCUCUGCCAGGGCUCCAGUGUGGAAGUGAAGGAGGACAAGUGCUGGGAGAAGGUGGAGGUGUCCUCCAACCCGCACCGGGCCAGCAAGCUGACAGACCGCAACCCCAAGACCUACUGGGAGUCCAACGGGAGCACCGGCUCCCACUCCAUCACCGUGCACAUGCGCCGUGGUAUUCUUGUUAGGCAGCUGACUCUGCUGGUGGCCAGUGAGGACUCCAGUUACAUGCCGGCCAGGGUGGUGGUGUAUGGGGGUGACAGCGCCAGCUGCAUCAGCACUGAGCUCAACAUGGUGAAUGUGGUGCCUUCCGCCAGCCGGGUGAUAAGUGUGUGCAUGUUACAGGGCGGCAUCGACACCCGGGUUCGGGGUGUGGAGGUCCUGGGCCCCAAGCCCACUUUCUGGCCACUGUUCCGAGAGCAGCUGUGUCGCCGUACAUGUCUCUUCUACACAAUCCGGGCGCAAGCCUGGAGCCGGGACAUAGCAGAGGACCGCAGGCGCCUCCUCCAGCUCUGUCCCAGACUGAACAAGGUUUUGCGCCAUGAACAGAAUUUUGCUGAUCGCUUCCUCCCUGAUGAUGAGGCCGCCCGAGCGCUGGGCAAGACCUGCUGGGAGGCCCUGGUCAGCCCCCUGGUGCAGAACAUCACCUGCCCCGACGCGGAAGGUGUGAGCUCCCUGGGAUGGCUGCUGGGUCAGUACUUAGAGCAGAAGGAGAGCUCUCGGAACCCCCUGAGUCGAGCAGCAUCCUUUGCCUCUCGAGUUCGUCGCCUUUGCCACUUGCUGGUGCAUGUGGAGCCUCCUCCGGGGCCUUCUGAGCCAUCCACGCAGCCCUCCAGCAGGAACAGUAAGGGUCAGGACCGGAGCCCGGGGCCUUCACCUGUCCUCCCGAGCAGCAGCCUGAGGAGCAUGACGCAGUGCUGGCUGAGCGUGGUGCAGGAGCAGGUCAGCAGGUUCCUGGCUGCGGCCUGGAGGGCCCCAGACUUCGUGCCUCGUUACUGUGCGCUCUACGAGCACUUGCAGAGAGCAGGCUCAGAGCUCUUUGGGCCUCGGGCAGCCUUCACGCUGGCCCUGCACAGUGGCUUCUCAGGCGCCUUGCUGCAGCAGUCCUUCCUCACGGCUACUCAUAUGAGUGAGCAGUUUGCCAGACACAUCGACCAGCAGAUCCAGGGCUGCCUGGUUGGCAGAACCCCUGGAGCAGACAUGCUGGGGCAACUUCAGCGGCACCUGGAACCCAUCAUGGUCCUUUCUGGCCUGGAGCUGGCCACCACUUUUGAGCACUUUUACCAGCACUACAUGGCGGACCGUCUCCUGAGCCUGGGCUCCAGCUGGCUGGAGGGGGCCGUGCUGGAGCAGAUCGGUUCCUGCUUCCCCCACCGCCUCCCCCAGCAGAUGCUGCAGACCCUGAGCGCCUCCGAGCGGCUGCAGUGCCAGUUCCACCUCUUCCAGCUCCAGCGGCUGGACAGGCUGCUCUUGGAGCAGGAGGAUGAGGAGGAGCAGGGCCUGGAAGCAGAGGAGGAAGAGGAAGAAGAGGAGUCUGGGAAAGAAGUAUUUCUCGAGGACCCACGUCCAGCAAUUUCUAUACUGGUCCUGUCACCACGCUGCUGGCCCGUCUCCCCACUCUGCCACCUGUACCAUCCCAGAAAGUGCCUUCCCACAGCAUUCUGUGAUGCCCUUGACCGCUUCUCCAGUUUCUACAGCCAGAGUCAGAACCAUCCAGCCCGGGGACCGCAUCGGCGGCUGCAGUGGACGUGGCUGGGCCGGGCUGAGCUGCAGUUUGGGGACCAGACCCUGCAUGUGUCCACUGUGCAGAUGUGGCUGCUGUUGAAUUUCAACCAGACAGAGGAGGUGUCGGUAGAAACCUUGCUGAAGAAUUCUGGCCUCACCCCACAGCUGCUGCUGCAGGCACUGCUGCCCCUCAGCUCUGAGCACGGCCCUUUGACCCUGCACGAGGGUCCGGACUUUCCACAUGGGGGUGUGCUGCGAGUCCGUGAGCCUGCGCUCCGGCCCUGUGGGGAGGCCCUGUGGCUGAUACCUCCCCAGAAGUACCUGGAUGUAAAGAAGGAUGAGGGUCGAACCCUGGAACAGAAGAGGAACCUCUUGAGCUGUCUUCUUGUCCGUAUCCUCAAAGCCCACGGGGAGGAGGGCCUCCACAUUGAUCAGCUGGUUUGUCUGGUGCUGGAGGCCUGGCAGAAGGGCCCAAACCCUCCCGGGAGCCUGGGCCGCACUGUUGCCGGGGGCGUGGCCUGUACCAGCACAGAUGUCUUCUCUUGCAUCCUGCACCUCCUGGGCCAGGGCUACAUGAAACAGCGUGAUGACUGGCCCCAGAUGCUGAUGUACGCCAGCCCAGAGCCCACGGGGCCCUGCCGGGGCCAGGCUGAGAUCCCCUUCUGUGGCAGCCAGACCACCGAGGCCUCCAAGCCCAGCCCAGAAGCUGUGGCCGCCCUGGCAUCCCUUCAGCUGCCUGCAGGCCGCACCAUGAGCCCCCAGGAGGUGGAAGGGUUGAUGGAGCAGACGGUGCGGCAGGUGCAGGAGACGCUGAACCUGGAGCCAGAUGUAGCUCAGCACCUUUUGGCUCAUGCCCACUGGAGUGCCGAGCAGCUGCUGCAGAGCUACAGUGAUAACCCCCAGCCAUUGCUGCUGGCAGCUGGGCUGCGGGUGCCCCAGCCCCAGGCUGCCCCUACACGCCCUGACCACUGCCCUGUCUGUGUCAGCCCCCUGGAGCCAGAUGACGACUUGCCCUCUCUCUGCUGCAGGCACUAUUGCUGCAAGUCUUGCUGGAAUGAGUAUCUGACAACUCGCAUCGAGCAGAACCUGGUGAUGAAUUGCACCUGCCCCAUUGCCGACUGCCCGGCCCAGCCCACGGGAGCCUUCAUUCGUGCCAUUGUCUCCUCGCCAGAGGUCAUCUCCAAGUACGAGAAGGCCCUGCUCCGUGGCUACGUGGACAGCUGCUCCAACCUGACGUGGUGCACCAACCCCCAGGGCUGUGACCGCAUCCUGUGCCGCCAGGGCCUGGGCUCAGGGACCACCUGCUCCAAGUGUGGCUGGGCCUCCUGCUUCAACUGCAGCUUCCCCGAGGCACACUACCCUGCCAGCUGUGGCCACAUGUCUCAGUGGGUCGAUGAUGGCGGCUACUAUGAUGGCAUGAGUGUGGAGGCCCAGAGCAAGCACCUGGCCAAGCUCAUCUCUAAGCGCUGUCCCAGCUGUCAGACUCCCAUCGAGAAGAAUGAAGGGUGUCUGCACAUGACCUGCGCCAAAUGCAACCAUGGAUUCUGCUGGCGCUGCCUCAAGUCCUGGAAGCCAAAUCACAAAGACUAUUACAACUGCUCUGCCAUGGUGAGCAAGGCAGCUCGCCAAGAGAAGCGGUUCCAGGACUACAACGAGAGGUGUACUUUCCAUCACCAGGCCCGGGAAUUUGCUGUGACCUUGUGGAACCGAGUAUCUGCCAUCCAUGAGGUGCCCCCACCCAAAUCCUUCACCUUCCUCAGCGACGCCUGCCGGGGGCUUGAGCAGGCUCGAAAGGUGCUGGCCUACGCCUGCGUGUACAGCUUCUACAACCAGGAAACGGAGCAAAUGGACGUGGUGGAGCAGCAGACGGAGAACCUGGAGCUGCACACCAAUGCCCUGCAGAUCCUCCUGGAGGAGAUCCUGCUGCAGUGCAGAGACCUGGCCUCGGCCCUGCGUCUCCUGCGGGCCGACUGCCUCCACAUGGGCCUGGAGCUGCUCCGGCGGAUCCAGGAGAGGCUGCUCGCCAUCCUGCAGCAUUCCACCCAGGACUUUCGGGUUGGUCUCCAGAGUCCAUCGUUAGAGGCCCGGGAGGCGAAAGGGUCCAACGUGCCCAGCAGUGGGCCCCGAGGCUCCUUGGGGCUGGAGACGGAUGAGGAGGAAGGCGAAGGCGACAUGCCCGAGUGGCAGCAGGACGAGUUCGAUGAGGAGCUGGACAACGACACCUUCUCCUAUGACGAGGAGUCAGAGAACCUGGACCGGGACGCUUUCUUCUUCGGGGAUGAGGAUGAGGAUGAGGGCUAUGACUGAGGGGCAGGAUGCAGGGAGCUCCCGGAGCUGCGGGGCCAGGGGGCCGGCCGUUCAUCCCUGACCCCUGUCCUGGGUGCUCCGAGGGGCAGUUCCCAGCAUCUGCAGCACCUUCUUCUGUUUACCGAAUAAACUUCUUUCAUAUACUUCUCUG